AUGAGUGGUGAGUUGGAGGAGGAGAAAACGGCCACUAGACCAAAACUGAGGGAAAUGUUAGCGGACCAGGCGAAAGUACAGCACGUACAGGAUUUGAACUUUUGCAUUGCUAUUUAUCCAUUUUCCCAUGGUCUUCUUAUCACAUUUUUAUACCAAAGAUGGGAAGCACCUUAUCGAGCAGCUCCAAAAGGAGCCAGCAGAACAAUUUACCCAGAUAGCAGCAAAGAAAACAGGAGUGCAGAAGGGCCUCAGUUAGGUGAGUGUAUCACUUUUAAAUUUAAUUUGAGUUAG